AUGUAUAGACGCCAAAACAGCUGGUACUGGAGCUUAAAAUACCCCAGCUCCAAAGAAGAGACCCACAUCCACAAAACAUUGACUUCAGGGCUGCCAAGAAGGAUGGGCGGCAGCAGAGCUGGAGGGAAGUGGCCAUGGGCCUGUGCAAUGCUGCUACUGCUGCUCUGGGGGGCCACAGCCACUGCUCUUCCCCUUGAGAGUGGCCCCAGCCGCCAGGACAGCACGCAUAUGCAAGAAGUGGCAGAAAUAAAGAAAAAUGGCCUCCUGACUUUCCUUGCUUGGUGGCAUGAGUGGACUUCUCAGGCCAGUCCUGGAGCCCUUACUGGAGGGGAUGCCAGUGAGGUUUCCAAACGGCAGGAAGGCCCACCCCUUCAGCAGCCCCGUCGCCAAGAUAAAACGCCCUGCAAGAACUUCUUCUGGAAGACCUUCUCCUCCUGCAAAUGAACCACCCAGGAUUACUUACUUAUGUAAAGUGUAAUGGUGGACCCAAAUAAAGUGUAUUAAG